GUUAUCCACCAUUUGAUCUACUCUCUCCUUUCAAACUCUACCGUCCAUUUUUCUAGCUUUUAUAUCUUCUUCUUCUUGUACCUUGUCUUCUCAACCCGAUCCAUACCUGACCCGAUUUUUAGUACCUACUGGCGGAUCCAUUUCUUUCAAUCCGUUUCUCGUUUUGAUUUAAAAAGAGUUCCGGAUUUUCUUUUGAAGAUCCAAUUUGAGUUUUUGGAUGGGAGAAACCGGUUUAUCCAAUGUCGUUUUGGACUUGGUGAUGAUGUGCGUCGACAACCCGAAAGACCGCGAUGCCAUUUCCCUCGUCCGGCGCUGGUACGAGCUCGACGCAGUGACACGUAAGCACAUAUCGAUUUCGCUUUGUUCCACGACGAGUCCCGAUCGGUUGCUACGGCCGUUCCGGCACUUGGAAUCGUUGAAAUUGAAAGGAAAGCCUCGGGCGGCAAUGUUUAAUUUGAUACCCUUAGAUUGGGGAGGGCACGUGACGCCUUGGGUGAAGGAAAUAGUGGAUUUCAAUUGCUUGAAAUCCGUGCAUUUCAGAAGGAUGAUUGUUGAAGAUUUAGAUUUGGGUUUGGCCAAGUCUAGAGGGAGGGCUUUGCAGGCUUUGAAGCUUGAUAAAUGCUCUGGUUUCUCUACUGAUGGUCUCUUGCACGUUGGUCGCUUGUGCCGGCAAUUAAGAACCUUGUUCCUGGAAGAGAGCUCGAUUAUUGAGAAAAAUGGCCAAUGGCUUCAUGAGAUUGCAAUAAAUAUUUCAUUUCUCGAUACUUUAAACUUUUACAUGAUCAAUCUUGUCAGAGUGAGUUUUGAAGACCUUGAACUUAUUGUCCGAAAUUGUCUAUACUUGGCCUCUGUGAAGGUUAGAGAUGCUGAAAUUUUAGACCUUGUAGGUUUCUUUCGUGCUGCUUCCGUUUUAGAAGAAUUUUGUGGGAGUUCUGUCAACGAGCCUGAAAUGUAUGCUGCUGUAUCAUUCCCCCCAAGAGUGUGCUGUUUGGGUCUAAACUAUAUCAGGAACAAUGAACUGCCAGUAGUGUUUCCUUUUGCAUCAUUGCUUAAAAAGUUAGAUCUCAUCUAUGCAUUACUCAACACGGAAGACCACUGCUUGUUAAUUCAAAGAUGUCCCCAACUUAGAAGCUCUGAAAUAUAAAAAAUAUUUUAUAUUUACAAAUAUAUCUAAAA